AUGGCCAGCACACGGAGGGAAGCAGACCGCGGUGCCACGUCGUUGACAGCGACGUGGCAACCAAACGACGAAUGCCUACCAACUUUCGUCGUUCGCUUUUGUGUAACCUCAUGCUCACGAGGUCCCAGCACCAUGGUCGGCCGACGGCGAGUGCCCACUUUCGCCGCAGGAUUGACGAAUGGCGACGGCUGCCCACAGCCACGAUCUGCCCACCACGACCAUUGGCGAUUGGCCAUGGGACCCACCACCACCAUCAAGAAAUGGCGACGACCGCCCACAGAUGUCCAUGGGUGCCCAGCACCACCAUUGACGAAAUCACGAUUUGCCCACCACGGCCUUCGACGACGCUUGGCCCACCACGAUGAUUGA